AUGAGCACCACCUCGAGUAUCGUCCUCAAAAAACCCCACAACUCGCCUCGUCGCGACAGCCUCCGCAAGGCGAUGGCCUCUCGACGUGCCCGCCAGAUGGGUUUCGCUAAGGUCUUGACGUGGGAUGGAAACUCGAUGCCUAGCAACAAUGAUCAGCUGCAGCGUUACCUCGACGUUUGUCUGGCGCUGGCUCAAGCCCAGGACCUCAACGUCGCGUGCGAGAACAAGAAGGACCUGACGUCGAAGCCGUCAAAGGGAUACAAGGUUCUGUAUGGCGUCAACCCCGCCCUCACCCAGCCCGCCCUCACUCUCCCCGCUGCAGCCGGUGCGACCGCCGACGCUGCCGCUGCAGAGACCACCCAGUCGGACGACGUUAACGCUGUCUCCUUCGUCACCGCCCCCGGCUCUCCGUCUCACGUGGCAAGCGAUGACGAGCUUGAGGAAUGCGAAGUUGCUCACCACGUUGCCACAUUCCUCACCACCAACUCCCUUGCAACCACAACGACCUCUGCAGCCACGUCCGGACCUCCCCACCAGAACGGUGACGACCCCAACCUUGAAAACUCCGAACAUGCGACCGGCGGGUCAAUGGAGGACACUGCCCGCGAGAAUGAACAACCUAAGGAAGAGGAGGAUGAGCUAGAUGACGAUGCCUCUGAACUGACAUCCGACGCCCCACCCAAGAAGAAGCCCCGUACGACGCACGAUAACCUGGACGACUCCUUGGACACCCGCUGUAGCCGCUGUCAAGCCACCGGGCAGGCUUGCUUCCAUGGAACCGUCGGCGCCCAAGGUAUGGUCCCUACGGGAUGUGCCGGAUGCUCCUCCGUGAACGUCCUCUGUUCCUAUGACAGCAACAGCUCCGGUGACAAUCACGCUAGCAACGACAGCCACCCAGAUGACGAGCAAUCCACAUCAAAUGGCCCGACCAGCACCCUCAAUCUGAGUGAACAGCGUGGGCGCGACUGGCUAGGUCUCAUUGACGUCUCGGUCAAAACCGAGUUCCAAGCCUGGCUCACCCGCUUUGUCAACGCCGGACACUAUGACGAGGGUUGGAAGGCGGCCGCCCUCAUUCAGUACGAUCUCAUUGCGUCCGCGGGAUGUGCAGAAGUGUACUUCGAGAGCAACGGCAUCAUGACGGUCAACGCCAUUGCCUCCACCUGA